AAAAUAAGGUUCUAAUAAUAGUUCCUUUGGGUUUUUAAAGGGUAUUUAUAGCCUGUCAUUAAUAUAGCUUCAAAUCUGGUAAACAGUAUUCUUGUUAAUUGCAAUCGCAGCACCAUCUCGAUCUCCUGAUUGCAUUUAUACAUCAAAAAGAUUUCCGUUGCCGCUGGCAUUAAUUGAACAAUUUUGCAGAAAACGCGUGUGGCCGGCUAUCUGCCUUUGGCCGAGACAAUUGGCCAGGCACACGCACAUGGCUAAUGAAUGGACACCAUUUGGUUGUCGGGGCAACCGUUCCGUUCGAUUGUGGCCCAUACAAAUUGAGGGGGCUAAUAUACACACUCGCUGGACACUGGACACUUGGAGACUCGGUUGACGUUGCGCUUGUCGCUGCACAAAAUCGAUAGGUUAGCAAUGCAUAUACACCGCACUUUAUGCUACGCGUGGUCCGCUUGAGAGAUCAGGAAAUCGAGAAAUCCGUAAAUGCGGCAAGGUGGCGUCCUGCUUUCACACUUGCAUGGGGCUGAUGCGGACAGUGGGCGGGGUCAGUGGUGCCGGAGGCGAUGCCCCGCUGCCGGAGGAGGCGAUAAGCCAUUGCCCCACCUACAGGCAGAUUCCAGGUGCCGGAACGGGCGCAGGAUCGGCUCCUGCGAAGCGAGUGCCCGUCCUCUUCUCCACCAAUCGAGGACUCUAUCUUCGUCUGGCGCAGCCACUGGCGGAGCAAAUGGAGGUGCUGACACUUCAGCCACGCGGACAGAACUACAACAUCAGCUUCUGCGAUCUGGAACGAUGGAGCACCAAUCGGGCCAAUGUUGUCAGUCUGGAGGACACCUUCACCGUCUUGCAGCAGCGCAAUUUGUCGCCGGUAUCUCUCAACUAUCAGCCACGCCUGUGGAAAAACAACGUCAGCUACAGCCUGAUGCACUGAACUGAAGGCAC